AUGUGCUUGUGUGAGAUCUGACCCAUGAUGAGACUCCUGUGUAAUAAAUGAGACUGACCUUUUUCUGGUUGCCAUUAUUUGAAGUGGUGAUAAAACCACCCUAUAUAAACUAUAAGCUAAUACUGAUACGGUAGGAUAGUCUGAGAUGAUGUGAGUUCAGAGGGAUUACACAGCAUUGUGUUGCCUAUGGAGUUGUAAAGAGGGGGAGAGCAGGGUUUAUGGGAAAUCUAAAAUAACAUGACUGGGGAGUAGUUGUACCAUAGAGGGUAGAGAAGAAUAUAAACCGUCACUGAGCAGAAUGUGUUCCUUUCCACAGGCCAAAGUGACAGAUGCUGCUGACCAUCCAGAGGUGACAUGGUGUGUCCAGAACUUGUUACCAAAGACGAUGUCUACUGCUUCUCUUUGGCCAAAGCUCUCUAUUACUUGGUGCCUCCAGUGACGGUUGGAUUUUAUGCUUCAUGGGGCAGACGGAAGGACAUCCUCCUUAACAAGGUUGAAACAUUUUUAUAUGCAGAAUCAUGGAAGAAAGAGCAGGAAGAAGUCCAGAGAAAUGGCCAAAGAACAAGGAAAACUACAGGAAGGGAUUUACUCACCUUGUUGUUCCUUUUGAUUUUUUAUAAUCCCGUCAUCACUGAAAAGCAUAAACAAAGGAGGAACAUCCGUUAUAUCUUCAUACGCUUCAGUGCAUGGGAAUAUGCUGGGAGUGACCAUCUCUGGGCUGGACUGGUCACCACACUCUGUGAUGGUAUUGAGAGUUUCUUUGGAUUAAUGCCUAUAAGUGUCUACAGAGCAGUGGGUCGGAAAACCAAAAUUAUUGAUGCACCUUUAAAACAAGAAUGGGUUAGUAAAAAGUUUAUGUGCAUCCCCUUAUGGCUUGCUACAGUUCUGGUAAUUUUGAUAGGUAUUGGCGUUGGCGUCAUGAUACUGAUCUUUGGUUUCCCAUUAGGAGAUGCCUCUGGAGAUAUGAUGGUGGCUGUGGAAGGGGUUGGUGCAUCUAUAGUAGGUAUUGGUGCUGCUGGGGUAAUCAGAGCAGCAGUUUUGGUGAUUCAAAAUUCAAUUAUUACCCAAAAGGGUAAGGUACAGCAGAAAAUGAACCGUAAGGACAUGAGUUCCCAACUGGGUUUUAUGAGCGAUGUAAAGAAGGAAGUCAAAGUCAUUACCCGUUACCUCCAACUAAUGGAGGUUUUCCAACGGCAGAAGAUACGAGUGGUGCUGGAGAUCACCAACUUAGACAAGUGCAUGCCAGAUAAAGUAGUAGGUGUCUUGAAUGCAAUGAAUAUCCUUCUCUCUGAUCCCAAUGCUCCAUUCAUUUCCAUCCUGGCUGUGGACCCCAGCAUCAUUGUAGAAUGCGUAGAAGGUUCACAGCUUCUGAAAGGCAUGGCUAGUAAUGGCUAUCAGUUCUUAAACAGAAUUAUAACCUUGCCAUUCUCAAUCCCCAAAAUGGACUGUGACACCAAGCUUUUAAUCCUGAGAAACAUUAUAGAGGGUACAGGUGAGCUAGCAAGGGAAAUGGAGGAGGGAGAUGGAUCAAUAGAUCCUCUUGGUGUUCCUCGUUACAAAGACCAACCUCUGAUUAAACAUCGUUUUACCACUCCAAAUGAAUUUGGUGACAUUCCCUUAAUGAUCACUUCAUCUGAGGAGACAAGAGACUCCAACAAUGUCCUGCAGGAUAAAGGUCCUAAGACUAAAGUAUUGAUAAAUGAUGCUUUAAAUUAUCUCUUUAACACCAGCAUGAAAAAUUACAUUACUGACAAUGUUGUCCAUUUGAAGAGAGUAGUGAAUACAAUCAUGAUCACCAUCAGGCUAAUGGUUAGGAAGGUGCCCAGAGACCAGAUAAGCCCACAAAAGGUUACAGAGUGGGUACUUCUUGCCACACAAUGGCCAUGUCGUCUCAGUUGGGUCCUUCAGUGCAUUGAAGAUGACCAACAGAGAAAAUGCCUAGAUAAAGAAGAAUCAGGAGCACAAGGGUCUACUUACUGCCACCUCUAUCUAUGGGAUGUCUUUGAAAAGUCUUUGGAGGAACUUGAUACAUUUAAGACCAACCUCAAGUCUCUCAUGGAGCUUGAUGGAGACCCAGAACUCUUUCACGAACUGCUUUGUGAUAAAUUCACAGUAAAUGAUGCUAACUUCUUCUUGCCAUUCACUGUCAACUUGGAUAAUUCCCUAAAGAGAAAGAUGGAGCUUCUACGCGGCAGUAAUAAUCUGUGGGAAGCUAAGAAGGCCAAAAGACUGACCAUGCUCUCUUUGCUAAACAUGAAUGUGGAUGAGGUUUGUAAAGAAAUGAACAAGCUUCAUUUCAAGCAGGAGAAACUGAAGGAGUAUACAGAGAAGAUCAAAGCACAUAAUCUAAAUGGUAGAGCGUUGGUCUACAGCGAUAAUAAUGAGAUAAAGGAGGUGUUGAGUAUGGGCUUGGGAGACUGGACUCUUUUUAGUGUAUACUUUUUAGGUGUUCUCCCACCUCCUCCCGCCCCCCCUUCCACUGCCCCAGUGUUUGCAAAGGUGGAAGCUCCAAAACUUGGAGCUGGGUCCAGAGAGAACAUCUUGGAAGAAAACAUUUUUCAGGGAAGUAAGUUGUCUCUUUACAUCUCAAAAGAGAAUCUCAACUAGACUGAACUUAGUUGGGCAGCACUGAAGCCUUUACUGUGAGGACAUCACCAAGUCUUUAUGCCAAUUAAAUCUAUAGCCUUGGUCAGUUCCCUGCCUGGGUCACAAAAUAAUGAAGUCACAUGUCCUUCAGAAGAUGAAAGUGAAAUAAUCAUGGUAUCUUGUACGCAGAUGAAAAUAAGAGAAGAAAGUCAACUACAACAUUUGACACUAAUAAAGGGGAAUUUAUUUAUGUCACAUUCAUGUUUUGCUUAUAUAUAUUAAAAAGAUAAAAUAUA